AGGCGGAACUUCCGGUACAGUAGUGCAACUUAUCCAACAUGGCGCUUACGUCUUUCGCCAAAGAGUAGAGUUGAAACCUUUAUGAAAGGGAAAGAACGAUCACCGGUGAAGAAACGUUCCCGGGCGCCUGAUGACAGCAGAGACCGAGGUGGAAGCUACCCGGGCAACAAGAAGACAGCAGCGCUCUCGGUCGGCAGCUACGCGAGCAACAACGGCUCCGCUCAAAGCGGCGCCCCAUCCAGGAGAAGUUUACAUAACGAGAAAAGAGACAUGAGAGAUUCAGACGGAUAUAAUUCCUCCAGUCGGACUGGAAGCGGUUACGACUACGCAGUUGUUGCGGGAAACAAGCCGCACAGCAGCACUGACAUAGCCGCGGAAGCAUCCAGAUCUGGUUCACGCAGUGACUCGCGGCCUCCGCCAAACCCAGGAAGUGAGUACAGAACUCUAAAAAUAAGCGAACUUGGCUCCGAGUUAAACGACGAGGAGAUAGAAGACGGCUUGUUUCACGAGUUUAAGAAGUUUGGAGAUGUAAGCGUUAAAAUUUGUCGUGAAAAUGACGAGAGGGUGGCGUUUAUAAACUUCAGGAGGCCUGAUGACGCUCGUGCAGCGAAACACGCCCGCGGCAAGCUGGUGCUGUAUGACCGACCCCUGAAAAUAGAGACUGUCUACACGAGUAAGCGCAGAAGCCGCUCGCCUGUUUUAAAAGACAGUUUCCCCUCAGGACAUAGACAUCCCCCCCCUCAGAGACCCAUGUCUCCCACAAGUCAGGGCUACAGAGACUACCGGUUACAGCAGUUGGCUUUGGGCCGCCUCCCCCCUCCUCCCCCACCACCGCACCUAAGAGAACUGGAAAGAGACAGAGAGUUUUCCGUGUAUGACUCCAGAAAUAGACCUCCGUUUAUUCCUGAGUCUGCUGUUUUUCGUGACGAGGAGCUACUCAGCCCUGAGGAUGACCAGAGAGCAAACAGGACGUUGUUUCUGGGCAACUUGGAUGUCAGUGUUUCAGAGAAUGACCUGAGGAGGGUGUUUGACCGGUUUGGAGUGAUUACUGAGGUGGACAUAAAGCGAGCAGCGAGAGGACAGAGCAACACAUAUGGAUUCAUCAAGUUUGAGAAUCUUGACAUGGCUCACCGUGCCAAAAUAGCCAUGUCAGGGAAAAUGGUGGGGCAUAGCCCAAUAAAAAUUGGAUAUGGUAAACCAACCCCCACAACCAGGCUGUGGGUGGGUGGUCUUGGACCCUGGGUUCCGCUUGCUGCACUGGCCAAAGAGUUUGACCGCUUUGGUACCAUCAGGACUAUAGACUACAGGAAAGGUGAUGUGUGGGCUUACAUUCAGUAUGAAAGCCUGGAUGCUGCUCAGGCUGCAUGUGCUCACAUGAGAGGUUUCCCCCUUGGUGGUCCUGAAAGGAGACUCAGAGUGGACUUUGCAGACACAGAACAUCGUUACCACCAGCAGCAGUAUAUGCAGCUUCCUCUCCCCUUGCCACACUAUGACUUGGUCCCUGAGCCCUUUUCUCACCGCCUUCCGGACUCUGUGAGAGUGAGAGAAAGGUCCCCUCCACUUCCUGCUCGCUUUAGAGACAGAGAUUUCUACGCUCCUGCUGAAUGGUCUGGCAUGAAUGUCCAUGACAGGAUACGAGGACCAGGAUUUGAUCCCAUAGAGCACCUGGAAAGGCGUUUCCAAGAUGGUUGGUCAGUAGAGAGGGAGCGGGAGAUGCAGAACAGAGAUCUAGGCCGCAAAAGGAGACAUUUAGAAGACGGCUGGCGGCCAGAGUGUUCACCUGAAAGCAGUGACUACGGUGUGCGACGUCAGGGAAGCUCAUUAGAGCGCAGCCCUGGCGGGAGCAGCCAUGAUGGGGGACGCUACAGUGACAUAGAGCGUCAGCCUCACUCAGGGAGAACAUCUCCAGUCAGUGAGCGCAAGAACAGCCACGACAGUAGGUUUGUAGACAAAAGAAGAAGAAUAAGUAACCCUUCUGAGCCGGGCUCCAGCUCUGAGAAAGACCGCAGAUCUAAAGUAGGUGACUCAUCUAAAAGCCCAGCGAAGAAGGAGUGCCGCUCAGAACAUCCAUCUCCAAACUCCUCACCAUCCAAGUCUGGCCAGCAGUCUAACCCCACCACUGAUGGACUGAAGCUGAGUCAGGCCUGGGAGGGAGUCCUCCUGCUAAAGAACAGCAGCUUUCCAACCUCUCUUCACCUGCUGGAAGGAGACAUUAAAGUAGCUUCUAGUCUGCUGGUGAAGGGCUCCACAGGGGGGAAAGUGUCCCAGUUAAAGAUUAGCCAGCGCCUGCGCCUGGACCAGCCAAAGCUAGAUGAAGUCUCCCGUCGCAUCAAAGCCGCCGGCUCCAGUGGAUUCAGCAUCCUCCUGGCUGUGCCCAGGAAAUCUGAGGAUAGCGGAGAACAGGAUGCCAACAGCUCCUCAGAAAGGCCGCUCAAGAACCUGGUGUCCUACCUGAAGCAGAAAGAGGCAGCUGGUAUCAUCAGCCUCCCAGUGGGGGGCAGUCGUGACAAGGAGCACGGAGGCGUUCUGCACGCUUUUCCUCCAUGCGAGUUCUCCCAGCAGUUUUUGGAUGCCUCUGCCAAAACCUUUGCCAAAUCUGAGGACGACUACUUGGUGAUGGUCAUUAUCAGAGGAGCAUCAUAAAAAAAAUAAAUAAAAACAAGUGCUAAUUGCACAUGUCUGUUUUCACCCUUAUUAACUGUUAAAAUGUUUGAGAUGUAAAAGAAAGAAGUAAUAACAAAGUGGUGCAAGAGGGUUCUUAUUUUCUGUUCCCUUAUCUGUAGGAUUGGCUUUUAUUUCAUGCUGUUAAGUGUAUAAAAGGAAAGUCACAUAGAAAAGUGACUUUUUUUGAUAAAUUUAUGGAUUUGAUUCAUCAGUACAAGUGUCAUAUUGCUGUUAUUAGAUGAAUACAUGCCAGCUGAAGGGUAUUUUUCUGAAGGUAAUUCAGAGAAAGCUACAUUUCUGUAAAUCACUUCUAUAUGUUGCCUUAUGCCAUUUAAAAAGAAACACAGUUGCUUUUAUAUCCUUGCAUAGAUCACAUCUGUCAUCACCUGUGUAACAAACAAUUUAAGAUCCAGGAAACGGCAUUUAGCCUUUAUUUAAUUAGUUCAUGAUGUAGAUGUAAUUGAUCAGUAUCCCUAACAUUUAAACACAUAAUCCACGUGUUUAGUCAGGCUAUGAAAGAAUUUGAUCAAACAUGCAAAUAACAUGGUUAUUUUCUCUUAAUUGAGGUAGUAUGUCUGUUUCCCCAAAAGCGUCACCCAUUGCUCAUUAAGAGUUGUAUUCCAGAUGUGCAUAUGUGUUGCUGAUUGAGUUAAAAUUUCAAAUACUUUCCAGUUCAGUUCAAUGUAAUGGCUGUUCAGUUUUUGCCAUUUUGGGGAAGUCCUGCUCAGAGAGAUGAAAAUAUAUGUAAGAAAAACAAAACAGUGCUAUUAUAUACAUAUUCUUGGUGUCAGACCUGAAACAGAUGGGAGAAGUUAAAGAACAUGAAGGGUUUUUAGUGUAUUUGACAUCAUUAUGUUCCUUCCAGAGCCACGUCUGUAGGUUUAGACAUAUUAUAAGGUGACAAUGCAUUAUUUCUUGUUUUUUUUUUUCAAAGCACUGGUUCCAACAGCACCAGUAUCACUUAUAGAGGAUGGUAGAAAAAAGCAAGUUCUGUAUUACAUUGCAAGAUAGUAAUUAAUGGUACUUUAUUCACUGUUGAACAUAGUUUUAAUUGAUGAUGGGUUUUCAAAACAGCUAAAGAUAGUGAUAAACCUUCCAGAGUUUAUUUAUUUUUUCCAAGACCAGUUUCCAAAACUCAAAUGUUUCUUUGUAAUAGGACACAAAUCAUUAAGGUUUGGCUUUUUUGUUUUCUUUAAAAUAAAUUAGCUGAAUUUGCUCAGUACUUGACAUAUAUAUAUUCCACUGUCCAAAAGAAGAAUCUAUCUGGGUUUUUGACUUGACUGAUGAUAUGCAUAACAGGGUUGUGUUUUGUUUUGUUUUAAACAGUUCUAUAGAAUAUUUUUCUUGCUAUCUUAUCGAGUUUGGUUGUUCAAUCAAAGGCUUCAUUUCUGUUAAAUGAUUUAUAAUUACUACCCCAGCAAAGCUUGUACUAUUGGGGGACAAAAAAAAGAUGGUGUAAAAUAUAAAUGAAGAUCUAAAUGCACAUCUUUUACCUGAUCUGGCACCUAGAAGUUGGAAGUAUUGCUACACUAUCUGUGGACUUGUGCACCAUGGUAUGCACCAUCCUCUGAAAGGACUUUUAAUGAUUUUUUUUUCAUGCUUUGAUUUGAGUACUGUGUUUCAAAUGGA